AUGGUUGAUCCAUAUAGAAUGCGUCAUAGAAGGCGACCAAAAAAGGUUUGGGCACAGCAAAGUGAUAUUUAUACAGGGCUAGAAAAGUCCGAUCGUGAAUCACCUUCAUCGGAUGCAAUCAGCGAGAAUAUGAAAAGACGAAAAAAAAGAUCGGAUGAAUCCGAUAAUCCAUAUCGUCGACUUUAUUGUUCUACACCAUAUCAAUCAUCAAGCGAAUUUAUUGCACCACCAAUAGCUGGAGGGCCAUUACAAGUGCCUAGCAUUAUAUUUGAAAUCGAAGAAGAACCAACCAGGACGUGGUACUACUGUCGUUGGGCAAUUUAUUGGAUAUUAUGGUUUAUAGCAUCUAUUUUUGCUUAUUUUCUCAUUUUUCGACGAUAUUACUGUUCAAUUCUUAUGGAAUUUUAA